UCGCGAUUGCGAUUGCGACGCCCCCCAGUGACGCAAGAGUUUUGAGUUCGGAAGGACGCCCGUGCGCAACAGCGGUGUGUUCUUUAAUUCGGCAACCACAUAAGCGUUUGUCAAUUUCCAAAAUCAAGUGAAUCUAAUGAGUGCGGGAUCCAGCCCCUAUGGAACUAUGGUCUUUUUCAUCAAUAUGUGCUAAUACUUCACAAGCAAACUGCAUUUCGGAGAUACGCCGGGCCCGGCUGAGCACGCGGCUGGCACUGUGGAAAAGAGGUUUGUUCGCCGUUUGUUUGAAAAUUUAGUAUAGCUAACAUAUUAUUUGUUGGUCCUACGACCCGAAUUUUCAUUUUCCUUCCAAUUGUGUAGUUUUAUCGUAAUUUUAGCGUACAUACGUACCACAUUUUUCAUUCCACGUGCGACCAUCUUUGUAACGCAAAAUGGCGCAAUCGAAAGUGGAAAAUGAUUCCAAGACCUCAUUAGAUUCCAAUAGCGAGAGUAGUAGUUCAUGUGUUCAGGAUAUUUUCGAGCGAGAUUUAAUUUUAGACGAUUUAAAGAGAACAUUACAGUUUGCAACUACAGAUAUUCAAAAAUUCAUUUCACGUACCAAAGAUUUGUCAGCUCUUCAAAGAAAGUUUAGCAAAUUGCAAACUAAAGUCGAAAAGUCUCUCAUUAAAUCUAAAUCAUUCAAUAAAGAGGAACAAAUCAAAAUUAGAAACGACUUCGACGAUUCGUAUUAUGCAAUUGUCACUCAAGUAGAUAAAUUAAAACAAUGUCAGGAGCAAAGCAGACGAAUGAGUCGUCCCUUUGCUAAUUCAGAAUUUUCUAGUAAUGCUAAAUUACCUACUUUGCCUUUGCCCAGUUUCUCUGGCGAAAGCACAGAAUGGAAUUCAUAUUUCGAUUUGUUUUGUUCUCUCGUUCACCACAAUACUGCCUACACGGAUGCGGAAAAGUUUAGGUAUUUGCUUCUUACGUUAAAAAAUGAACCAUUCAACCUUAUAAAGUCCAUUCCAAUCACUGAUGCUAAUUAUUUCGUAGCAAUACAAAUAUUAACUUCACGUUAUGAAAACAAAAGAAUCAUAGCUUCGAAUCAUCUUGAUAAAAUACUCAACAUUCCAUCUUGUAACGUAAAAUCAACGAGUGAUUUACGUAACUUAUUAAAUACAUUCCAAGAAAACAUUAAACCUCUUGAAGUAAUGAAGUUUCCCACCAGUGAAUGGAGUUUCGUUUUGUUACACAUUUUACUACGUAAAAUUCCCGCAUCUGUUCGUAAGCAAUUCGAGUUAUCAUUGUGUUCACCUUCAGACAUUCCAGAGGUCAACACAUUCAUUUCAUUUUUAGAGCGUGAACUUGUCGCUGAGGAGUUUUCUAACGAUAACUUCGGGCAGUCGAGUAAAAUUAUUAACAAUAAAGGCGGUAGAUUUGGCUCACAGUCUAGCUCGCGAGCGGCGCCCCCUAGCGGCAAUAUGGCCGCCGGUCAGCGACAAGCCUUCGCGGCGAACUUCGCGCCGCAAUCCUCUGACGUGUCAGGCAAUACUCAGCCUAAUCGACAUAGCGAUAAGACACAUUGUUUGUUAUGUGAUGCUCAACAUACGUUGACGAAAUGUUCUAAGUUUUUAAUCUUUCAAUAAAAGAUCGAUUUUCUUUUAUUAAAAACAAAAGUGUUUGUUACAUGUUUACAUCUCGGCCAUAACGUGAGCCAAUGUAAAUCCAAUUUUUCGUGUAGGAAUUGUCAGAAGCGCCAUCACACAUUAAUUCAUUUUGACAAUAAUGUAAACAAAGCGUUCGAUCCGAGUAGCGGUACUAAUCAGUCCGUCCCGCUCCCGCUCACGGCGGAGUGUAAUAAUGUUGUCUCUGUUUCUACGACUGAUGCCCAGCUGACUUUAACGUCAACUCGAGAUAAGGAAAACGAUUCUAUUGUGCGUACGAGUACGGUGUUAUUGUCUACGGCACUUGUCGAUGUUUAUAUUGAUGAUCACAAGUUAUCAACCGUGCGCUGUUUAAUUGAUACGGGCAGCCAGGCUACUUUCAUUUCGGAAGCGUGUGCACAACGUUUAGGUAUUUCACGUAGACGUGUGAACGUUCCGCAAGUUUAUGGAAUAAACAAUAACAAACCGGUUUAUCCUAAGGGAGUGGCUUCUUUCUUCAUUGCGCCUAGAAAUCAAUCGCAACCUUCGAUUCAUGUUGAUGCAUUGAUUUUGCCCAAAUUAAUUACAACACAAAUGCCUACUUGUCAAUUACCUUAUACAGGGUGGUCUCAUAUUCAAAACUUAACUUUAGCUGAUCCGAGUUUUCAUACACCACAACCAGUGGAAAUGCUUUUAGGUGCUGACAUUAUUCCGCAAAUUUUAUUACAUAACACAAUCACGGGUCUACCAGGUUCACCAAUUGCUAUGAAUAGUAUUUUUGGUUAUUUAUUGUUGGGUAAACUCGAUUUGAAUUCAUCGAUUGAGGUUUCUCUUCCGGUCCAGGUGUGUCACAGCUCUGUUAACGACGACUUUGACCUCCAGCGAUUUUGGGAAUUAGAAACAAUUUCUGAACAAAAGUCUCUCACUCCUGAUGAACUUUUGUGUCAAUCUUUUUUUGAAAACACGCAUACGCGUAAUGAGUGUGGGCGAUACGUGGUCGCUCUUCCCUUCAAACCUGACGCACCGCCCCUCGGCGAGUCGCGGGAUAUUGCUGUUUCUAGAUUUCGUAAAUUAGAGUACAAACUCGAGCGCAAUUCGCAGCUCAAACAUGAUUAUCACGCGUGCCUCCAGGAGUACUUAGAGCUCGGCCACAUGGAGCCCGUCGAUAGUCCAGCAGCUGCAGGUGGUAACUAUUAUAUACCGCACCACGCCGUGGUCAAAGAAUCUAGUGAAACCACCAAAACCAGAGUAGUUUACGACGCAAGCUCUAAGACUACAAACGGUUUUUCUCUAAACGACAAUUUGUUAAUUGGUCCAAAGCUUCAUUUAGAUAUUGUUGAUGUGUUAUUAAAAUUUCGCAUUCAUUUAAUUGCUUUCACAGCUGAUAUCAAACAAAUGUAUCGUAACAUUAUGAUUCGUGAAUCGGAUAGGGAUUUUCAGCGUAUAGUGUGGCGCACCUCGCCCGAGGAGCCCCUACGCGAUUACAGACUUUGCACUGUGACCUUUGGAGUUAGCUCAUCGCCCUAUCUUGCUCUUCGCACCAUUCAGCAGCUCGCUCAUGACGAGGCCGCACGCUUCCCGCGCGCAUCGCAGGUCCUCAUGCGCGACGUAUUUGUAGACGAUGUCGUAUCAGGUGAAAGUGAUGAGUCACGGGCUCUCGCCCUACAACAAGAGUUGAUAGGUAUUUGUCAAUCCGCAGGUUUUGAGUUGCACAAGUGGCAUAGUAAUUCUCCCGCCUUACUUCUCGGUUCUCAGCCGACAGUUUCUCAUGGUGAGCGGUGCGAAAGUGUGCCCUUCGCACACAUGGAGAAUGACUCAUCCACUAAGGUCCUAGGUAUGCAGUGGGACCCGAACUUAGAUACUUUUGGUUUCAGUGUGAAAAGUUACUCUGAAAAAUGUACAAAGAGGUCCAUUCUUUCAGAAAUUGCACGUAUUUACGACCCUCUCGGUCUUUUAUCUCCAGUGACUUUAUUUGCAAAACAUUUAAUUCAAUUAUUGUGGAUUUCUUCUGUGGACUGGGACGAAACCCCACCACAAGACAUAGUCGAUUCGUGGGCUAGCUUUACAAGUCAGCUCCCACUAUUAUCUAAAGUUAGCUUUCCGCGUCAUGUUUUCCCUCAAAAUUGUAAAUUACAGCUUCACGGCUUUUCAGACGCCUCCGAAAAGGCAUACGCAGCAUGUGUUUAUCUCCGCGCGCAGCGCGAGGAUGGUAGUGUGUGCGUGUCCUUAUUGUUAGCGAAAACACGCGUCGCGCCUACGCGUCGCGUAUCUAUUCCCCGUCUCGAACUGAUGGGAGGUGUUUUGUUAUCACAACUUAUUAAAAAGGUGUUACAAAAUUAUAGUGAUAAAAUACAAAGUGAUCAAAUUUAUACUUGGUCGGAUUCAAGUAUUGUUUUAGCAUGGUUGCGUUCACCGCCCCAUGAAUGGAAAACAUUUGUUUCAAACCGUACUACGGAGAUAUUGAAUAUUGUCCCCGCGGAUUGUUGGCGGCACGUCCCGUCGGCCGACAACCCCGCGGACGCUGCUUCGCGCGGCAUGUUACCCGCUGCUUUCUUGCACCAUGAGAUGUGGUUUCAUGGGCCUCGCUGGUUGAGCGAGGAUGAAAGUAUGUGGCCUGUUCCAAAGCCUGUUCUUCCUACUGAUGAAGAAAAGCGUAAUGUUGUGUUGUGUUCGAGUACUUCUACUCCAAACGAGGACGUAGAAAUUAUUUCACGUUUUUCUUCACUCGGUAGACUUGUUCGUGUUACGGCUUUGAUAUUUCGUUUCUAUCACAAGUGUAGAAAGGUCAAUAUUUCGAGUUCAAAACACAUUACUGUGUCAGAGUAUAAUUUCGCUUUGAAUCGACUUAUACGAGUUGUUCAACAUUCAGUUUUCAAUGAUGAUAUUUUGAAGAUUUGUAAUGGGCAAUCACCAUCAAAUCAAUUGAAACGUCUUAAUCCUUUUAUAGAUUCAAACAAGUUGCUUCGCGUUGGCGGUAGAAUUCAUAAAUCGCUUUUAUCUUUUGAGUCAAAACAUCAAUUGAUUUUACCUAAAAAACAUCCUUUAACUUAUUUACUAAUUGACUUUAUUCACGUUUCAAACUUGCACAGUGGGGCUCAAAGCACCCAAUAUACACUUUUACAAAAGUAUUGGAUAUUAUCAAGUCGUGACGUCAUCCGCCAACGCAUUCAUCGAUGCGUCCGUUGUGUUCGUGCGCGCCCCGCGCACACGCAGCCGUCAAUGGGUUUGUUGCCCGCAGCUCGCUUGCGACCGGCCAGACCAUUCAUAAAAACUUCGGUAGAUUUCGCAGGUCCAUUUUACGUUCGGGCAAAUAAGGUUCGUAACGCUAAAAUAGUUAAAUGUUAUGUAGCAGUUUUCGUAUGUAUGAGCGUUAAGGCUAUACAUUUAGAGAUCGUUUCGGAGCUUUCCACAGAAGCGUUUUUAGCUACACUUAGGCGUUUUGUUUCGCGACGCGGUUUGUGUACCGAUAUUUAUUCAGACUGUGGAAAGAAUUUCGUGGGAUGCGAUAGGUAUCUUACGGAAUUGUAUAGUUUCUUGCGUAAUGACGUAGUACAAACUACGCUCAAUUCAAAGGUUCUUGGUCAAGGCAUCACUUGGCAUUUUCAACCCCCAUACGCUAGUCAUUUUGGUGGACUAUUCGAAGCGGGUGUUAAAAGCUUUAAGCAUCAUUUUCAUCGUGUGGUCGGCACACGAACUUUGACAUAUGACGAGAUGCAUACGCUCUUAUGUCAAAUAGAGGCGAUUCUCAAUUCGCGCCCACUUUGUGUUUUAAGUGCAGACUCAAGGGAUCCUCUCCCUUUGACUCCAUCACAUUUUUUAAUAGGUGAGCCCUUAACGUCAAUUCCUGACAUUUCUUUAGUGGAUGAGAAUCCUAGCCGCUUAGUAAGAUGGCGUCUCAUCCAACAGUCCACUCAACAUUUUUGGAAGAGAUGGAGUCUUGAGUAUUUACAUCAUAUUCAACAAGCAACCAAGUGGUUUAGUAAUCGCGGUGCCCCGAUUCGUGAGGGCAUGAUUGUGGUGUUACGCGAAGACAACGUUCCUCCCUUGCAGUGGAGACUUGCGCGUGUUCACGCCUUACACCCAGGUCCUGACGGGAUCUGUCGGGUCGUUACUUUACAAAUUGGACAGUCGUUCUUCAAACGAGCUGUUGUUAAGAUUUGUCCUCUUCCUGUUGAGUAGGGAGUAGGUACGUUUUGCAUCUAAGUAAAGCUAGAGUAGUUUUAGGUUUAUAGUUAGGUUUCACUCUACAAAUAGCUUAGAUACUUGUAAGUUUCUUAUCGUAGGUUUUGUCUUGUUAAAAGAUACUCGGUACUUUUAAGGUGAGCGGUAUGUUUCGUACCGAAAUAUAUUUAUUAGUUUCUUAAUUUUAGUUUAAGAUAAAACAACACAAACUGGAA